GACUUAGUAGGUUAAUUAUUAACCCUUAGCACCUCAGGGCACCUCGGACUUCUCUGGCCUCCAGGAGGCAGAGGGACAGGUACUGGUUUGGGGCUAGCGAGGGGGCGGUGGUCCCCGCCCCAGCCAUGGGGGUCGCGCUGCUAACACAGGUGUCUCGGCGCUGCUUUCGCCACGCGAUUCCUCUUGCUGUCCUCUCGCUGCUGCUGCUUUAUCUCUGUGCUCGGAGCUUUCGUGAGUGGUCCCUUCCCUCAUCUGCCCUGGGAGGCAUCAGGUACCCAAGCGCUGGGGACCUAAGGCCCCCUCCUCGAGCCUUCACCGCUCGGCCUCGCCCCUCUCCAGGCGUCGUCUCAGGGUGCAGGUCCUGGGCACGGUCCUGCAAUCCCGAAGGACCGCCGCCUGUCCAGGUCCGGCGGCAAUCGGGCCCCCUGGAGGCCCCCAAGUGGAAAGAGCCUCCGUGUGAGGGCCCCCAGGGGGUGCUGGGCCGCGUGAUGGAGCCGUUUCGCGCCAGUCUGAACCCCGAAGGCGACGUGGCAUUGUCGCAGUACCUGGCCGGAUGGAGGGCGCUGGUCAGGUUCCUAACUCCCCUCGGUUCCAUCUUCGCCUUCGCCACGGACGAGGCCUCCGCCAAGGUGACAGCCCUAGAGGCUCGGGUGCACGGCCCGGAGGCGGCGCACUACUCGUCGCUGGCGGCCAUGGCGGCGUGGGAGCGGCGGGCGGGACUGCUGGAGCGGCCCGGGGUCGCCCCCCGAGACCCGGCCAGGUCCUCGGGCUCACGGACCCUGCUCUUGCUGCACCGAGCGCUGCGCUGGUCCCAGCUCUGCCUCCACCGGGUGGCGGCCGCGACGCCCGGAGGCCCGGACGCCGGCGUGCAGUGCGGCGACGCGUACCGCACGGCCCUGGCCCCGCACCACCCCUGGCUCGUGCGCCAGGCCGCCCGCCUCGCCUUCCUCGCCUUCCCGGGUCGCGGCCGCUGGCUCGGGCUGGCGUGCCCGGGGGCCGGGGAGGCGGAGGCGCGGGCCGCGCUGGCGCGGGCGGCGGCCACCCUGGAGGCCGUCUACAACCGCACCCAGGGCCUGCUGGCCGAGCGCGGGCUGCUCGGGCUGGCCUGACGCCCGCCGCGGUCGGGACCCGCCACGUGGGGAGGGCGCCCCGCGUUCGGCCCGCCGCCCACCCGGGCCCGGCCAGGGGCGGGGCCGCCGCGGCCACGCCCACGUAUGACGCCACGACUGGAAGGCCCGCCCCCCGGCGGGGUGGGUGGGUGCCGAGCCCCUCCGUCUCUCCGCGGUCGCGGGACGCGGCGGGGAGGAGCUGUAGGGAAUAAAAGCAUUCUUUGGUAGCCGUGGAUGUGGGGCGUCUUGUGUGGUGACGGCAGGCGCUUAAGGGAAAUCGAAAACAAUGGAUGUGGGAAGAUGUGUCAUCCCUGUUCCCGGCAGCCGGGAGACUCACGCUCCCCCGGGGCCCCGUCUCAACCGCUCCCAAGGCCGCAGUCGCCAACGGCGUGCCAAGCCUCCGGCCCAGACCUGUGCGCCGAGCUCCGGCCCCCGCGCAGCCAGCUCCUUCCUGGACGCGCCCGCAGACCCCGCAGAUGCAACACGUCCAACACGGAUCCGGGCGCCUCCUCCCGGACGGCGCCUCUCCUCGCGUUCCCCGUCGCUGGGAAUUAAACGGCACCCUCCCCUGUCACCACCGAGAGCCUAAAACCUGUGCGUCAGGCCUCACAGCGGAGCGGGCGCUCAGCUGAAUAACGUAGGGUUUAAAAGACUCCUCGGUCACUCCCGCAACAAUAGUGAGCGUGGCGGAUUUCAUACACUGGGAAGUCUCCAGUCGUGAGCCCGGCCCACUUUCCCCGCCGCACCCCAGAAUCGUCUGUACACACCGACAUCUCUACGAGAAAUAACAAAUCUAACGUGUCCAAAACGGAGCUUCUACUCCCCUUCCCUCCCCCAAAUAGUCCCUUCACCGUCUUUCCUUGCUCAGUGAAUGACCAUUCCAUUCUUCCAGGUCCUGAAACCAAAAACUUGCAGUCGCCCUGACUCUCCUGUUUCCCUUUCAUCAUACCCGCAUCUAAUCUGUCAGAUUCUGACCAUUCCACACUCACCCUUGUCAAGUCCAACUUUCUGUCUAGGACCCGGGUUACCUUAGAGCCUCCUAGUUGUCUCUCUGUCCCACAUUCGGCGUCCCUAUUGCGUGUUUCCUCUUUUUUUCCUUUUUUUAAUUUUUAAUGUUUAUUUUUGAGAGAGAGAGGGGGACAGAGGAUCCAAAGCAAGCUCUGGGCUGAUAGCAGGUUGCCCCAUGUGGGGCUCGAACUCACAAACCAUAAGAUCUGACCUGAGCCAAAGUUGGACGCUUAACGGACUGAGCCUUCCAGCCCCCCCCCCUUCAUUGUGUGUUUUCAAUAGAGCAACCAAAGUGAUCCCUUAAAUAUAGAUCCCAUUCUCAUGUCACUUCCCCACUCAAAACCUUCCAAUGGGUUCCUAUUCCACUCAGAUGAAAAAAUAAAUUUUAAUUUGAGCAGGAUAUUUUCUGAAUCCUAUUUUCAGGUGAGAAUGAUGAAGAGCUUUGUAAAGGCCCUACGUGAUCUGACUGUGUGCUAGCUAAAUUGACCUCUUCCAUUUUCACUGAGUAUUUCGGGCAUGAUCCUGCCCCGAGAUCUUUGUACUUAUUCUCUCUGUCCA